CAAAGAAGAAACACUCAGCAAAGAGCAGGGAGAACAGAAAAGAAAGAGGCUGUGGAAGGAGAGGCAUCCGUCUCAAAGGUCAGAUCAGGAUGUUUGUUCUCAUCUGGGUGACUCUGCUCUGCUCAGUGACAGGCAGCAGCACUGACACAGAUGCAGGGAUGACCACACCAGUCUGUCUAUAUGGAUUCUGUAUUUCUCUCGGUAGAGGAGAAAUAAAAGCAGAGGCUGGACUCUGUACUGUCAUUCACUGCUCUUUCACUACUGCUUUUAGCCCUAUUGCAAGUGCAGUUUGGCAUAAAUGUGAUGAGUCUAAAAUAAAAUGUGAUUAUUCUGACAUCAUCUUUCACUCCCGGAACCAAAACGAAAUUCAGCCAGGCUUCAGAGGUCGAGUAUCACUGUUGGAACCUAACCUCUAUCGGGGAAACUGCAGCAUCAUCAUCAAUGACCUGGACCAGUCUGAUUCUGGAUCAUAUCAAUUCAAAGUGACUGGUUGGCUUAACCAGCGGUAUGAUAGGUUCACAUUUAGUACCAGAGCGUCUGUCUCUGUUAAAGCCCUGACCCAGAAGCCCACAGUGGAGGUUCCUGCUCUGACUGAGGGACAACAGACCACACUGACCUGCACCGCUCCUGGUCUCUGCUCUGGAUCUGAUCCAAACAUCACCUGGACAUGGAGACGAUCUGCAGAGGAUGACUCUUACCUCACAGGAAACAUCACCACCACUCAUGGACGCAGCUCCUCUUUGACCUUUACCCCUUCAGCCAAACACCACAGCACUGAGGUCACCUGUAAGGUCAACUUCAGAGGCAACAAGAGCACACAGGAGACGGUGACGCUGAAUGUGACCUAUGUGAAGGAAAUGAAAAUGACUGAGAAUAUAAGUGUAAAGGAAAGGGACACUCUGAAUCUGACAUGCAGCAUCGACAGUUUCCCUCCAGCACUUGUCAUGUGGCAAAAACCAUUUGGCAAAAAUGUGCAAAAUGUAACAGAAGUCAAUCUCCAGAACGACACUGACACUGAGCUACUGAACGGGACUGAAACUGCCAUCCAGGUGGACACAGGAUCAGCCACUGUUAUCAUUUAUAAUGUGACAGCAGAACAUUCUGGACAGUACAUCUGUAUAGUAGAAUACAUCAACAACACUCUGAUGGGAAAAGUGGAUGUUAAAGUGAUAUACAUGAGGGAACCUGUAAUAACUGGAGACAGAAGAGUGAAGAGGGGUGAUGUUCUGAAUCUGACCUGCAGUAUUGACAGUUUUCCUCCAUCCGUCAUCAUUUGGGCUAAACUUGGUCCCAGUGGAACCAACACAAACCUGCAGAAUGACACUGGAUCAGCCACACUUGUUAUCCAUAAUAUGACAGCAGAUGAUUCUGGACAGUACAUGUGUACAGGACAACACCAGGGCAAGACUUCUACAGCAUAUGUCGACAUAACUGUGUUUCUUCUCCCAGAGAUCCAAAAGAGUUCUGGUUGUGUAAGUCGGUCUGAGGUCCUGACCUGUGUGUGUGUCAGUGAGGGGCUUCCUUUACCCACCAUUACAUGGCCUCUGUUGGACAAACACACUGAAUACUCAGGCACUUACACUGUGUCAAAGUGCACAAUCAACCGCACCAUCACUGUAAAAGUGAAAGAGCUCAGCAGCACAGAUGUCCAGUGUGUCAGCACCAAUGAAUACGGAGAAGCAGUGGAGAACCUCACCAUUGGAAUAAGCAAUACAGAGCAGGAGGAACAACCGCAACCAAAAAUAAUGGAAGCUCUAUCCAGUGUAGAGGUCAUCAUUGCCUUCAUAGUAGGAGUAGCACUGACAGCAGUCCUUUGCUGUAUUGCCCAAAAAUGCCACAGAAAAAAACAGAAGACUUUUGGUCCAGAUGAGACCGUGGAGAUGAUGACCAAUGAGGAGGAUCCCCCGAUGGAAGAUCCUCAGAUACAUAAGACACACACACGAGAGGCAGCCGAAGGAGGAGCUGAGCUGGCAGUGGUUAAAGUAGCCCCUGAUCACAACAGUGAACUGAAGGAAGUGGAGUACGCCAACAUCGAUUUCUCUGUACUAAAAAGAAGGAGUCCCAGAACCAAGACGGAAGAGGCAACAAAGACUGAAUAUGCUGAAAUUAGAAAAGAAAAGAAAGAGGAGAUGCAGGUAAAUGGUGGAGUUCCAGAAGAAAAGUCAGAGUGUAAGGAGGAAGAGGAGGAGGAGGAGGAGGAGGAGGAGGAGGAGGAGGAGAUGAUGGUCAGGGAGGAUGAAGAUACAAAGCACUGUAUUCCUGAGGAAGAAGAGGAGGAUGCAUCUGUUUACUCUAAUGUGAAGGAUAUAAUGGGGGAGGUUUUAGAGGCAUGUUAGAGUGACUACUCCUCAGUCAUACUUGUAUCUGAGUCUUGGUCCCAUGAACACUUUCAACCAUAAAAAGCUCAGUUCAGUCUUUUAUCGAACUGAGGAAACAGAGACUCUCAUUCUCAUAUGCAUGCAUUUAGCCUUAGAUAAAGUUCUGGGUGGGAACAGAAUCAGAAUGUUGUUGCUAAAGGUCCAAUAUGUAAGAUCUGCAUGAGCAUAUGUGAAGCCUCUGUUGUGUUGAUGAUAGCUGGCUGUUUGUUGAUGUUAGCUAGCACCAUUUUUAAGGCCUUGUCCACACGAAGCCGCAUCUUUUCCUAUCUGAUGUUUUUCUUUGUCGUUUUCAAAAAUGUGCUCCGUAAACACGGAGUAGUUUCAGGAAAUAUCUGCGUCCACA